AUGGCUUCUUCCAAUCGCAAGGAUCCCGCCUCUGCCGCUGAAUCUCGAGUCUUAGUGCUGGAGGAAGAAGUCAGGAGCCUGACCGAGGAGCGGCGGCAGUGCCAGGCUGAUAAAGAAUUUGUAUGGUCUUUAUGGAAACGUCUCCAGGUCACAAACCCAGAUAUUACACAAGCAGUAAGCUUAGUUGUGGAAAGAGAAAAGCAGAAAGCUGAACUCAAGGACAGGAAGGUUUUGGAGAUUUUGCAAGUCAAAGACAGCAAAAUACAGACACUGGAACAGAAAACAUCUGGGCAGCAAGAAGAGAUAAACAAUCUGGUACUGAGAAAAAUUGCUGUAGAUGAAGAAAAUGUUGUCUUGAAGAGUGAACUCUGUCUCUUGCAGCAGAAAUUUACAGAUAAAAUUGAGGAACUUAAGGACACUAAGGAGUGUGCAGUGAGAAAGGAAGAGCAAAGCAGGCUGGUUAUAAAAAAUCUGGAGGAGGAAAAUGAGGGAUUAAGUACACGCUAUGCUGACCUGCUAAAUGACCUGGAGAAACUGAGGAAGCAGGAGGCACAAUGGAGAAUAGAAAAAUCUGGCAUUGAUGCAAAAAUAAAGAAUCUGGAAGCUGAUUUAACAGACGCAAGGGUGCAAAUGGAAAUCUUUCACAGUAGAUGCAAUGAUUUGGCAACACAACUGGGAAUUAAACAGACUGAAUUAACACAAAAGCAUUUAGACGUAGCCAGAACCAGGAAGGAGUUGCAGGAGCUGCAGAAUCUCUACAAACAAAACACUGAACAUGCAGCACAGCAGGCAGAGCUGAUCCAGCAGCUUCAGGCUCUCAAUAUGGAUACGCAGAAAGUACUGAAAACUCAGGAAGAUGCUCACACAGCUGAAACAAUAUCCUAUCAAAAACUUCACAAUGAAUUGACUAUAAGUUUUGACACACUCAAAGCAAGUGAGAUUCAGCUCCGGCAAAGUCAAAUUUCUCUCCAGAAUAAGCUGUUUGAAAAAGAACAACGGAUUAAUCAGCUGGAAAGCCAACUUCAGCAGGCACUCUGUUCUGCAUCUACACUACCUCAAGAAACUUUUCCAAAGCAGAGAAAAGAGGGAUUACACCAAUAUUCUUUAAGGGAAUUAGAAUAUCUCAUAGCAACACAAAAAUCUGAAAUAAAGCUUUUGCAAGAAAAAUUGAAAAGAGCAAAUCGUACACUAGCAGAUCAUACUCUUUGCAGCAGAGAUUUCCUGGAUUGCAUCAAUGUUAGAACUGGGAAGAAAUACAAGGAACCACCUGUGAAACGUUCAAGGUCUCUGUCCCCAAAGAGCUUUUUGAAAGAGUCGGAGGAAAUAAGGAAGCUUCAAAUAGCUGAAAGAAAGAUUGAAAACUUAGAAAAGUCACUACAGUUAAAGAACCAAGAAAAUGAUGAGCUAAGACAAGCCCAUGAAAAGCGCAAAAAAAGGCUGCAGAUGUUACAGACCAACUACAGAGCAGUAAAAAAGCAAUUAAAGCAAUGGGAGGAGGGCUAUAGCAAGGCUGGAAGUAUUAAUAGUGGAAAGAAACGUUCGGAUCCCCAGCAGCUAUGCCAAGAAGAUUGUGAUGCUGUGUGGAAUGAGCUGGCUUAUUUCAAAAAGGAACACAAAAAGCUAUUGAUCGAAAAUCUCAAUUUAGAGGAAGAAUUGGAUCAGAUGAAAGUACGUGUAUCUAGAGAUAAAGCUGCGAUACAAGAACUGAAUCUGUGUCUGCAACAAGAAAGAGAAGAACUGCUCUUUAGACUUGGUGAAGAAGAUGGGGUCAAGAGCAGUACUCCAAAGAAGAAUGUGAAAGAAAUAUCAGCUCAGACAUUACAGAAGGUUUUCCAAUUAGAAAGAAGGCUGAAAGGGUUUGAGAAAGAAUCAAGGCAAUUGAUGGAAGCUAAUAAAGGGUUAAUGAAGGAUAACAGUGAUUUGAAAGCAUCUCUUAAGCAGCACAGAGAAGAAGCAGACACCAGAGAGAAGGAGGUGGAGAAACUACUGCAAAAGAUCAAAGAAAUAAAGCAGGACAAAGCAGAGCUUCAGUUAAUGAUAGAUGGGCUUGAGGGAGAGGUCACCUCUCUGAAGAAGCAAGUGGCAGAAGCCAACACAUUGAGAAAUGAAAAUGAGGAUCUGCUGAGUCAAGUGAAGCAAAUGCAGACUUCCUUGGACAAAGCAAGGAUAGCGGAUACUAUGGCCACAUUGGAGGCAACCUGUGGGCCAUGUAGAUGUAAGAGUGCGAGCUCCAGAGUAAAGUGGAAAAUAGGGAAGAAAAAGAGCUCAGUGAAACAUCACCAGUCUUUCCUCAAUAAGUCCAUCAAGGUUAUGAGCGGUGUAUUUGAGAACUUCAGUAAGGAUGGCUGGGAGGAUAUGAGUGAAAGCAGUGAUUCUGAAAUACCAAUUUCUGAAAGUCUGGGGAUUAUAAUCUCAAAAACACCCCAACAGAUUCCAGUGACAGGCAAAAAAGAUGAGGAAGAACAAAAUAAGAUGCAAGAGAAUGAAAUGCGCCCCUGUACUGUGCAUUUAGAAGGCAUAAGCAAGUCACAUCAUAUGAAGGACAAAGGUGUAGAACUGGCCCCUUUCCAAAGGAAGAAGACCUUUAAUUCUGUGCACAUUAGUAAAGUAAACAGAGAGAAGAGAAGAAAUAUUGUGGUCCAGAAACCUGGCUCCUCUGCUUCUCUAUGGGGACGGAUUACAUCUUUACAGCAGCAGUUAGCAGUUCUACAGAAUUCAAAAAGAACAACAGUAUCUGCUCUCCAAAAGUCGAAGGAAGAAAAUAAAAAAUUAACAUCUCAGCUGCGUUUAACUGAACAAAGACUUCAAGCCAGCAAACAAACUGUUCAGACACUGAUGUCCAACCUGACUGAGUUGCAGCGAGAAAAAUCAGAUUUGCAAGGAAAAUUGGACCACCUGACCCAAUCUACCAAACUGUCUCCUAUGACAUCUGGCCAUACUGGAACUACACCAGCAACUCCACUGAAGAAUGUAGAUUUGGAAAUGAAGCAGCUGCAGUAUAAACUGAAGAAUGCAAAUAAUGAAAUCACUAAACAGUCAUCAGCCAUUAAAUCUUUGAAACAUGAAGUCCAAGGUAAAGAAGAACAGAUGCUGGAGCUGCAGGAAAAGAUUUCUAGAAUGGAGAGAGACUUAAGUAUGAAAAGGCAUUUAAUAGAAGACUGGAGAAUGCGGAUGAAAGCUAAUCAGGAAAAGGAGAAAGCCUUUAAAGAAACAUUGCAAACUCUUGAAGAAAAGGUAAAGACAUUGACUGAAGAAUGUUCAAACAAAAAAGCAUCAAUUGAUUCAUUAAAGCAAAGGCUUAACACCACUACAAAAGGAAAGACACAGUACGAGCAGCUGUAUCGCAAAGCUACAGAGGAGGUGGAGAAAAAGGAGCUUAAAGUCACCAAUCUAGAAGGCAAAAUGGCUGAGGCUGAAUGUGCCAUGGCUGAACUUGAAACAACUGCCUCCCAGCAGCUCCAUGGUUUGGCAAGGCAAAGUGGGCAGGCACUUGAAGUGGUGCAGAAAAAGUUGAUGAUGGCAAAUGAAAAAGUAGAAGAGUUUGUCACUUUUGUGAAGACUUUGGCCACAGAGCUGCAGCGUAAUGUGAAGGAGAUCAGAGCACGAAUAAGGCAUACUAAAAAAAUACAACAAGAGAAAAAAUACAGCAGUGGCAUUUCAAAAGAGUCAGUUCACCGGGCCCAGUACUUGGCUGCAUCUAUCCUUAAUAUUUCAAAGACUGACUUGGAUGAUAUACUUGAUGUUGAAGAUGAUGAGGUAACGGAACAGAUCAAAAGAGAACAUGAAAAUGACAAGGAAUGGAUGAGUUACUUACAGAAGCUUCUGGAAGGACAGUUUCCUUUUGCUUCGUAUUUAAUGGAUGCCAUGCUGGAAAAACUAAAUGAGCAGAAGAAGCUGGCAGAAGAAUACAGUUCUCUUGUGAAACAAAUGGUGUAACAGUGCUGGAGAACUGAAU